AUGUGUCAGUAUCCUCAAUACAUUAGUUUACUACAUUCUACUGACAUUGAUUAUCAUAUUCCAUUGCAUUUAGCUUGUAAUAGUGGUAAUAUUCAAUUGGUCGCAUUUCUAAUUAAUGAUAUAAAUUGUGAUGUCAAUGCUAAGAAUACACGUGAUCAAACAUGUGUCACAUUUGCAUGUUUUUCAGGUAAUCUUGAUUUAGUACAAAUAUUAAUACAACAGUAUAAACUUGAUCCUUUAGCAGUUGAUAAAUAUGGUUUCACAGCAUUGCAUGCAUCAGCACAGACUGGUCGUACUCAUAUACUCGAAUGGUACAGUCAGGAGUAUAGUGUGGAUAUUACUAAUCACACUAGCAAUAACAAGUACACACUAACUCAUUCAGCUGCUUAUAAUGGUAAGCUACAUUGUCUACAGCAACUGAUCAACAAGUAUCAGUGUGAUGUUAAUGCCACUACUACUGAUACUGGUAGUACAGUUCUUCAUAAAGCAUGUGAAGGAGGCCAUGUUCCUGUUGUAUUUUAUCUCACUAGUCUUCUUCAGUGUAAUGUAGCAGCUAAGACUUCUAAUGGAUCAACAGUUCUUCACAUUACCUGUAAGUACAGUGACUCUCUUCCUAUACUCAAACAUCUGGUAGAGAAUCAUCAGUUAGAUCUGUGUGCUGUGAAUGAUGAGGGAAUGGCUCCUAUUCACUUAGCAUGUAGUGAGGGAAGAUUGAAGUUAAUUCAGUACAUUAUUGAACACUUACCAUCAUCACUUGAACUACCUCAUGGUAAGCAUGGUCAUACUCCAUUCCUUAUUGCAGUGUACUUUAGCCAGUUAGAAGUUAUCAAAUAUCUUAUUAGUAAGAAGUGUAACGUAUCAGCUACUGAUGAUGAAGGUUCUGGAGCAGUUCACAUAUCAGUAGAGAGGGGUCACUUGAAUGUAUUGAAGUAUCUCAUUGAUAACAAUUAUUGUAAUCCUAAUGCAAUCAAUUAUCAAGACCGUACACCACUUCAUGUUGCUGUAGCAGCUAAUGAAUAUGAAAUAUUGGAAUAUUUGCUGACCUGUCAACGUGGGCAACAGAAUAUGGUAUCACUAUUACUAAAAGCCAGUCUGUCUAACAAUAACUUAUUAAUUACUAACAAGAAAGGACAGACACCAUUACACUUAGCAGUUGCCUCUGGUCAUAAGGAUACCACUGAAGCUUUACUGUUCUCAGUCACUGGUAGUUCUACUCAUCAUGAUCUCCUUACAGCUACUGAUAAUGAAGGAUCUACUGUAUUUUAUACAGCUUGCAGUAAUGGCUAUAAUGAUGUGUUUCGCUAUUUAUCCAAUAUUUAUCCUCAAGGUGUUAAUAUAAUGGAUAAUAGAGGACGUGGUUUACUUCAUGCAGCAUGUGAGGGAGGAGAUAUUGGAGUAGUAAGAACACUAAUUGAGACACAUGGACUGGAUCCUUUAGCAGAAGAUGAAGAUGGCAUCACCUGCUUACACUUACUAGCAGAGAGAAAGAGAGUUUAUAUAUACCAGUAUUUGGAACCAAACAUUGUCUCUAAUCCAGUACCUAAGGACAAGUCUGGUCGUACUCCUCUUCAUUAUGCUUCUUGUUCUGAUAAUAUUGAUAUGGUACAUUAUCUCACAGAGACCUUCCCCUGUACUCCUGAUGAUCCUGAUAAUAAUGGAUACACUUCAGUUCAUGGAGCAUGUGAAGCUGGUAGUAUGGAGUUAGUACAAUACUUUUUAACUGAUCUCAAAUGUAAUGCACUAGCUGAAACUGACGAUUGUAAAAGUCUAUUUUAUUUUGCUAGUAAGAGUUCUAAUUUAGAGCUUGUUUGGUUUUUAAUUAACGCAUUUGGUUUAAAACCUUGUCCACUUGUGAUGUUGAAAUAG